AUGGAGGAAGGCGCCCAGACCCCAGACUGGGACAGUGAUGAGACCGUGAUAGAGGGGUCGGUAACAGAGAACGAGCUGGAAGAAGAGGAGCUGCCCUGGAGAAGGUUGCUCUUUGAUGAAGACACAUCUCUUAGAUCUGCAUUCAGUCUGCAUCCUAAUAUAAAUGGAAUAUGCAAAGGCACACCUUCUCCUAAGAUUCAACUUGGGUUCCAACUCAGAGAGGACCUGCAAGGACAAAUGAAUAAAAAUAAGAUGAUGUGUGUUCUUAGUGAGGAUACAGUAUUACAGCAACCUCAAGAUGAAACAGAACAAAAUAAAGCUCUGUUACAGACUAGAAAGAAUUAUCCAAUGUUCACUAUGUCAUUUCCCCAGACUGGAAUUUCACUGAACCACCAAAACAUUGGAGGGCCUGAGGCUGAAAAUCCUGAAGUUUUGUCACACCUAGAAAAGGACCUAAGUGAAGAUGAAGACUCCCCUGAAGUUAGCCUUCUUUCAAGUACUGCUGUUAUGGUAUCUGAGGUGGUUGCUAUAAAGGAGAAAUCACUAAUAGCACCAGAGAAGAUCUUAGCAGCACCAAAUACAUUUUCUGAACCUGGAAAGGAAGUCACAUUGACCAUGACUUCUGAAGAAACUAAGGAUGAAGAAAACUCUCUUGAAACUUUUGUGUCUGCCUUAGAAAGGUUACUGACAUCGCCAGAAAGCAGCCAGGAGGAAAGAUUGCUUGAAAUAAUCAAUGAUUUUGAUCAUAAAGAACUGAUGAACCCAUUGAGUGGUUCUCCAAGUUCCAUAUCAAUACCUUUGAAUGCCUUGUCAGCAUGUCAUAGAGAUUUACUAGGAAAUACAAAGGAUGAUGCAUUGCCAGCUGAAUUAUUGGCAGCCCUGAAUACAUUGUCAGAAGCCAAGAUGAAACCCAUCCGUCAUAGAAAAGAGGGAGGCAGCAUUAUCAAUGCUGGAAAUGAAUGUUUGGAAGUGGAGUUCAAUAUGUCUCAGACCAAUGAAGAUGGUACACAAACAGCAAAGAACCUAGAAGACCCAGAUUCAUUUGGAUUGCAAACUUUGGCUCAUCAAAAUGUCACAUCUUGUGAACCACUAAAUAAUAAGGGAAAUUCAAAUUUAGUGGAAAAUAGCUCUGACCAGAAAACUGCACGUGUGUUAACGAGGUCAUCCAGACUGGAAAAACUGAAAGUAAGGCGAGAUGCAGAGCACACAGAUGACAUGUAUAAGAUGGCAGAAAAGAUUUUACCAAAAAAACUUAUCUGUGAGAAUCUAACAAGUAAUAACUCUUCAACUGAGAAUUUCAGAAUGCCGGAUCCUGCUUUAAUGAUUGAAGCUAAGGGGAAGAAUAUGCAUUCAUCCAGAUUCAAGAGUGGGGAACAGAUCAGGAAAAGUAAAAGACUUACAGGAAAAAAUGAAAAAAUGAAGAUGAAUGAAUUAUCUCUUUCUAGCAUUAAUCGGAGAAACGUUUUUGGAGAAAACUUACUAUAUAAGGCUGCUCUGCACGAUGAUGUUGAUCUUGUUCGUCAUUGUAUAAAAAAAGGUGGAAAUGUUAAUCAGCCAAGUAAUGCAGGUUGGACAGCACUUCAUGAAGCUAGCGUAGGAGGAUUUUAUCAGAUAGCAAGUGAACUGUUAAAAGGUGGAGCAGAUGUAAAUAACAAAGGAAUGUACCAGAUUACUCCCCUACAUGAUGCUGUGAUAAAUGGACAUUAUAAGAUGACGGAGUUACUUCUUUUAAAUGGAGCCGAUCCAUUAUUUAGGAGUGACAGUGGACAGUGUGCUUUGGAUGAGGCCAAGGAUUCACGUAUGAAGCGUCUCCUUGAGAGAUACGUUCCUAAACAUCAAAAAUAUCUUACAUCAGCUCAGAGGAAUAGCACUAACCCAUUAGACAUAGAGGAUGUACACCAGCACAAGAAACCAAAAUUCAGUUCUAAAAAUCGCAUUUGGUUUGUUUGUAAUGAAAAUUCCAACAGACAGAAGCCAGAACACAUAAAAAUCAACAAAGGAAACAAAGAGGGUUUAUUUAUAAAUAAAGAAGAUGUAUAUGAAUGUUACCAGAAAGAUUCAGAAAACACAAAAUUGUGUAAAUCCAAGCAUAAACAAUCAACUGGUAACCAAAUAUACUCUACAGGACUCAGAAAAGGCAAUCUUCAUAAUAUCAAAGAUCCCAGCACAAAGUUGUCUAAAGGUAAAGGAAGAAGAAACACACAACAUAAAAUGACUCAAGCAGAUGAUGGAGACAGCAAUCCAAGAAAGGCACUAGCUGUCUCUUCUUCCAGGAGAAUGAACAGAUUGGUUACUCGUCGACAGCAUAACCUGCAAACCAUUGAUGACCUUCCAGAAGAGGCAUAUGAACAUUCCAGCCCAACUCUGUCAAGCCUGAAAAAUGAAUUAGAUAACAAUAUUGAGGCUUGUUCAGUUUCCAAAGAGACACAUAUCCAGAGCAUAGAUUUGUCAGAUAGUCAAGAAGCACAGUUCUUGGAAUUAGAAUCUGUUGAUCAAACUGAAGCCGUUUCUCUCUCAGGACUGUCAUUACAUAAAGAAAUUAAGUUGCCACUUGUUACUACAGAUCAACAGCCUCAUACUCUCCAAGAGCAACACAGUAGCCCUUAUAAAUCUCAUGAAAACAGUAACUCAGUUGAAAAAGAUGAGAGCCUUAUUAAUAAAUGGGAAAAUUCUUUCCUGUCUUUUAUAAAGGAAAAUUUUGAUGAUGAUGAUGAUGAUGAUGAUGAUAGUGAUUGCUCUAUCUCUGAGAAGUCUGUAACAUUUGAAAAGGUGAUAUGUUCCACAGAUUGCAAAAACCACUGUAAUGAUAAAGAAAAUACAACAAAUCGAGAAGAAAUGGCUUUUCAACAAUUUUCACCUUCUGAAGGCCAUUUAUCACAGGAAAAUGAGUUAAAAGCAGGCAGCCUAACCACACUUCCACAACAGGAAGCUGUUAAUUUUUCUGAUUCCGAUAAUACAGUCAUUUCUGAACAACAUGUUACAAAUUUUGAACAAUGUGUAUACGGAACUUCUUUUGAUCACUCAAACAGCAAUCUUAAGCAAACUUCCCUGGCUUGUAUGAGAACACUUUCAAAACAUGAGGUUUCAAAGUUGACUAGUCAUGUGGAGCUAUUCAAAAAGCCUCAGGAUUAUAGCCCCGGAGCACCAGCUCCUUUAAUGAAUCAAACAGAUGUACAUAUUGUGGAAAAGGUGACAAAGAAACAAGACACUGAAAGGAAUUACACUGACAAAGGCCAGAAAACAAGUUCUUUAAAUGGGCCUUUAUCCACAGUUGUUGAUUCUCAAGUAACAGAAAUAACUGAAAUUGAAAAAAGACAAAAUCUUCCAGAGAACAGGACCAUACAUAAUAUAGAUUUUCAUUCUACUGACCAUAUCAAUAAAGAAUUGACCAACAUCACACCACUUGGUCAAAGAGAAGAGAAGGAAACGUCUCACCAACCAGGAAUGAAAACAGCUGGGAUCAAUAAGAGGAAUGCUAGAGGCGAAAGCCGGCUUCAUGUGGCUGCCAGAAGAGGAAAUUUGUCUGUGGUGAAAGCUCUAAUAGAAUCUGGAGCAGAUGUGAAUCUAAAAGAUAAUGCAGGUUGGACACCACUUCAUGAGGCAGCUCAUGAGGGAUCUGCUGAUAUAAUUGUGGAAUUAUUAAAAGCUGGUGCUAAUGUUAAUAGUGAAAAUCUAGAUGGAAUUCUGCCCUUACAUGAUGCUGUUGCAAGCAAUCAUUUAAAGGCAGCUGAGAUUCUACUACAAAAUGGAGCAAACCCUAAUCAAAAAAAUCAAAAACAGAAGACUGCUUUGGAUGAGGCAGAUGAUGAAAAAAUGAAAGAGUUGUUAAAAUCUUACGGUGCUAUUGAGAUCAAUCAUAGAGAAGAGAGUAAUGUUACAAUCAAUGUAGAAAUUCCUGCUCUCCGGUUAAAAAGACAUAAACAAGGUUUUUGUGGUGAUGGAAAAACUGUCGAUCCACCUUCCUUUUCACACCAAGGAGAAACAAGAGAAAACCUUCCUGUGCAUCAGACACUCAGUGCCAUUCUGCAAGAUAUAGAAGAAAAACAAGAAAAUUUAUUAGCAUUUGAAAUAAGAAACCCUGAAGAUGCAGAACAGUACAUUGAGAAAAUGUUGAAGAUAAAAGAGAUUAUGGAUAGUGUGCUUGCCAAACAGAAAGCAGAAAGGGAUGAUCUGGCUAAAAAAUACAGGGUAUCCAUAGAGUCAUUUAAGCAUGGAGCCCUGAGAGAACAACUGGCCAACCUGGCCACAAGACAGAAGAGCCUUUUAGUUGCCGCAAAAAAACAGAAAGAAAUAAGCCUGAAAAUUCAAAACUAUAAGAAUGUUACAUCAUUAUCUGGUCUUGGUUUAAGGAAGUUACCACCCAGCUCAGAAAUCUCCAGUGAAAAGAACAUCCAAGAGCUUAACAGCCUGGAAAAUUCAGUGCAACCCCAAUCACGUUCCCUUUCUCCUGUCAGCUUUGUUUGUGGAAGCAUGCAGGAAACACAGUUGCCUGUGGAAGCUUACAAUUACAGCCACAAUACCACCAUUUGUCUAAAUUCAGAGACAGUGAGAAGGGAAGAAUUUUCUGGAAAUAAGAUAAAUUCUAAACAAAAUGUCAAUGAUUGUACCUUGGAUGGGUUAUCAAAAUCCAGACAUUCAGGUGGCACUGAGAUUAAAUUACCAUCCCAACCUGUUGUUUUUAUUCCUGAAACAGAAUAUUCACAAAAAGAAAAUGAUCUUACAGAAACUACAGCCGAAAGGCAUGAAUUCUAUAGUUCUUCUGCAGUAACUGGCACAUUAGAUAUUUCAGAAACCACGAGUGCACUUGCCCAAAAUGAUGUCCAUCCAUCAACUGUUGUUUGCGAUCAGGACCUUUCCAAUGAUCCAAAAAGAAGAAACAGGAAAGCAGCUUCCCAGCAACCACCUCGGGGGGCAUCAGAAUCCCUGGCACAUCAAGGGAUUGCUGUUUCAGGCAGCGAUACUGUGCAUGAAAUGAAAGCAUGUCUUAAAAAAUUAGCUUCUGCUGUUCCACAUGUAAAUGGCAGCCAGAACUCCUCUUCCUCUGGGUCUAGACAUCAACAUACUGUAAAAAAGCCUUUAAACUACAGUACAGCUCCUAAAAAGAAAUGUAUGCAGAUAAAAGAUUUGAUAUUACUGGGAAGAAUUAAUCCAGGAAAUAACAUUCUGGAAUUCAGAACACAGGAUACUACGUACAAAGCCAGUGUUUUAUUGAGUGGUAAAAUUAAGGUAGAAAAUGGUCAGAUUUAUCAAAACCCAGUUACUUGGCUCAAGGAUCUUCUGGGAGGUGACAGUUAUGUGACCUGGAAUUAUGCUUGGAGUAAGGUAACAUAUCUUGGGAAGGAGCUUUUAAAGUAUGUUUCUGAGGAAGUACCCAUACUUCCAGAACCAAACUUGGUAUCUCGGCAACAUCAAACUUGUCUUCCAGCGGAGCGCGCCGUGCGCGCCUCGGAACUUUGUCCCAAGCACUGCGCGGGGACCCGGGAGUGCAGGGCGGGGAGCUCCCUCUGCGGGAACGCGGCGGCGGCGCUCCUCCUUUCUCCACACGUCACGGGGGCCGCUCGGCGCUUUCCCACCCCGGGCCGAGGGAGAGCAACUGCCUGGCAGGGCGACGGAGGAGAAGGACGGGAGCCAGUCGCCGCGGCCGCCGAGGGGCUGGGAGGCCGGAGUGCAGCCCGCAGCCCCCGCCGGGGCGACCUCUGCAGCCGCGGGGACCCCGCGUUCGGGGCUGCCCCGCUCCCUUUCGUAAGUCGACUUGGCCACGCUGGCAAGCGAGGAACGCCCAGGGUUGGGGGUGUCCCGCGGUGA